GACGGCGCACUGAUCGGUGCUGCGGCUUCAGCUGAUAAUUGAAGGGAAGAGGCGCCGGGCAGGACAGAAAAGGAGCCAGGGCUACCGGGGAGGCACGGAGCGCUUUUGCGGAGGCCGCGUCGGGACAAACUAGUGAAUGGUAGUGUCUAGAAAGGGUAUGUCCCUUCAGGAGAGAGGUGCCAAUGUCCAACCGGCCUAAUAACAGUCCAGGGGGGUCACUGCGACGUUCACAAAGGAACACUGUCGGGGCCCAAUCACAAGACGACGCAGUAGGAGGAAGGUCACAUUUAGGGCAGGCAAAACAUAAGGCACGUAGCCCUUCUGAAAGUAGAAAAUCUAUAUCAAAGGCACCCAAAGUGCAGUCCAAUACUACUACUGAACAGUCCAAAGGACACUUUUCUAAAAGAGGCUGUAGCUCAUCUGCUAUUAUAAUUCCACAACAAGAGGCUCUGGACACAGACAGUACUUUAGAGCAUCAAAAAUCCGGGCAGGUGCCUAAAAGAGACAGUUCUCGAGGAGUGAAACGCAGUGCUAGCCCAGAUUACAACCAGACAAAUUCUCCUAGCCCUGCCAAAAAAACCAAAGCACUUCAGCACGCUGAUUCUUCUUCGGACUUGGAAAGAAAUAAAUCUCAGACUAAGUCUAAGAAAAGACAUUUGCAUCAAGAGCAAGAGUCAAAGUCUUCACAAUUGCCAUCAACCAGUAAAGCUCACACCAGAAAGGGUGGAGCUACCGUUAGCUCCAGAAGCCAGAAACGGAAAAGGACAGAAACCUUACCUAUUGUAAAGAGUCGUUCAGCAACUGAAUCAACUGGCAGUGAAGAGAGACCAGCAAAACCCACCAAGCUGGCUUCAAAAUCAGUGAGCUCAGCCAAAGCUGGGUGCAGUACCAUCACAGAUUCCUCCUCUUCAGCCUCUACAUCUUCCUCCUCCUCUGUUGUUGCUUCUGCAUCUUCUGCUGUUUCUCAGGGUGCUAGAGUCAAACAGGGAAAAGACCAGAGCAAGGCCAGGCGCUCCAGAUCUGCAUCCAGCCCUAGCCCACGGAGGAGUAGCAGGGAUAAAGAACAAAAUAAAAUAGGUGGCUCUUCAAAGUUUGAUUGGGCUGCUCGUUUUAGCCCCAAGGUUAGCUUGCCUAAAACAAAACUUUCUCUACCGGGGUCUUCUAAACCAGAGGCAUCAAAACCUGGGCCUUCAGGAUUACAGGCUAAACUAGCAAGCUUGAGAAAAGCUACAAAAAAGCGCAGUGAAUCACCACCUGCUGAGCUCCCCAGUUUGAGGCGGAGCACACGGCAAAAGACCACGGGCUCCUGUGCUAGUACCAGUCGGCGAGGCUCUGGCCUGGGCAAAAGAGGAGCAGCUGAGGCUCGCCGACAGGAGAAAAUGGCUGAUCCUGAUAACAAUCAGGAUGGUGUUAAUUCUUCAGCUGCACGAGCUGAUGAGGCUCCACAAGGAGCUGCAGCUUCUAGUUCUGUUGCUGGGGCUGUGGGCAUGACCACCUCUGGUGAAAGUGAAUCAGAUGAUUCUGAGAUGGGAAGAUUACAAGCUUUGUUAGAAGCUAGAGGACUCCCUCCACAUCUGUUUGGUCCUCUUGGCCCUCGAAUGUCUCAGCUAUUCCACAGAACAAUUGGAAGUGGAGCUAGUUCUAAAGCUCAGCAACUUCUACAAGGGCUUCAGGCCACUGAUGAAAGCCAGCAGUUACAGUCAGUGAUAGAAAUGUGUCAGCUAUUGGUCAUGGGUAAUGAAGAAACUUUAGGAGGUUUUCCAGUCAAGAGUGUUGUUCCAGCUCUGAUAACUUUGCUACAGAUGGAGCACAACUUCGACAUUAUGAAUCAUGCUUGUCGAGCCUUAACUUACAUGAUGGAAGCACUUCCCAGAUCAUCUGCAGUUGUGGUGGAUGCAAUUCCUGUUUUUUUGGAGAAGCUUCAAGUUAUUCAGUGUAUUGAUGUGGCAGAGCAAGCAUUGACUGCCUUGGAGAUGUUGUCACGCAGACACAGUAAAGCUAUUUUGCAGGCAGGAGGCUUAGCAGACUGUUUGCUGUACCUGGAGUUUUUCAGCAUAAAUGCUCAGAGGAAUGCAUUAGCUAUUGCUGCCAAUUGCUGCCAGAGCAUCACUCCUGAUGAGUUUCACUUUGUUGCAGAUUCUCUUCCACUGCUUACCCAAAGGCUAACCCACCAGGAUAAAAAGUCAGUAGAAAGCACUUGCCUUUGUUUUGCACGUUUGGUGGACAACUUCCAACAUGAAGAGAAUUUGCUGCAGCAGGUUGCUUCUAAGGAUUUGCUUACAAAUAUUCAACAACUCCUAGUAGUGACUCCUCCAAUUUUGAGCUCAGGGAUGUUCAUCAUGGUGGUGCGCAUGUUUUCCCUAAUGUGUUCCAACUGUCCUAUGCUAGCAGUUCAGCUUAUGAAGCAAAACAUUGCAGAAACUCUUCACUUUCUUCUUUGUGGAGCCUCAAAUGGGAGUUGUCAGGAACAAAUUGAUCUUGUUCCAAGAAGUCCUCAAGAACUGUAUGAACUUACUUCACUUAUCUGUGAAUUGAUGCCAUGCUUACCUAAAGAAGGAAUUUUUGCUGUUGACACUAUGCUAAAGAAAGGAAAUGCGCAAAACACAGAUGGUGCAAUAUGGCAGUGGCGAGAUGACAGGGGUCUCUGGCAUCCCUAUAACAGAAUUGAUAGCCGGAUAAUUGAGGCAGCUCAUCAGGUUGGUGAAGAUGAAAUAAGUCUGUCUACAUUGGGGCGUGUUUAUACAAUUGACUUUAAUUCUAUGCAGCAGAUCAAUGAGGAUACUGGAACAGCACGUGCCAUUCAGAGAAAACCCAAUCCUCUAGCCAAUACCAGUACUACGGGACAUCCAGAAUCAAAGAAGGAUGAUGCUCGAGCACAGCUAAUGAAAGAAGAUCCAGAUCUAGCUAAAUCUUUUAUUAAAACCUUAUUUGGUGUUCUCUAUGAAGUGUAUAGUUCUUCAGCCGGACCUGCUGUUAGACACAAGUGCCUUAGAGCAAUUCUUAGAAUAAUUUAUUUUGCUGAUGCUGAACUUCUGAAGGAUGUACUGAAAAAUCAUGCUGUGUCAAGUCAUAUUGCCUCUAUGCUGUCAAGUCAAGAUCUUAAGAUAGUUGUUGGAGCCCUUCAGAUGGCAGAAAUUUUAAUGCAAAAAUUACCUGACAUUUUUAGUGUUUACUUCAGGAGAGAAGGAGUUAUGCACCAGGUGAAGAAUUUAGCAGAAUCGGAGGCUUUACUGACAAGUCCCCCCAGGGCUUGCACUAAUGGCUCAGGAACUCUUAGUGCUACUACAACAGUAAGCACUGGAACAGCCACUACUGCUAGCAAUGCUGCUUCAGACUUAGGUUCUCCAAGCUUACAGCAUAGCAGGGAAGACUCUUUGGACCUGAGUCCACAGGGCCGAUUAAGUGAUGUUUUGAAGAGAAAAAGAUUGCCAAAACGUGGACCCCGAAGGCCAAAAUAUUCACCUCCCAGAGAUGAGGACAAAGUAGACAAUCAAGCAAAAAGCCCUACUGCUACGCAAUCUCCAAAAUCUUCCUUCUUGGCAAGUUUGAAUCCUAAAACGUGGGGAAGAUUAAGCACACAGUCGAACAGCAACAACAUUGAACCAGCACGUACAGCUGGUGUGAGUGGCCUGGCAAGAGCUGCUUCAAAAGAUACAAUAUCCAACAACAGAGAGAAAAUUAAGAGUUGGAUUAAAGAGCAGGCUCACAAAUUUGUGGAACGUUAUUUUAGUUCGGAGAAUAUGGAUGGAAGUAACCCUGCACUAAAUGUGUUACAGAGACUUUGCACUGCAACUGAACAACUCAACCUUCAGGCGGAUGGUGGAGUUGAGUGCCUUGUAGAAAUCCGUAGUAUAGUCUCUGAGUCUGAUGUCUCUUCAUUUGAGAUCCAGCACAGUGGGUUUAUGAAGCAGUUGCUGCUUUACUUGACGUCAAAGGGUGAAAAAGAUGCCGUAAGCAGAGAUGUCAGAUUGAAAAGGUUCCUUCAUGUGUUUUUUUCUUCUCCUCUUCCUGGAGAAGAACCCCUUGGAAGAUUAGAACCUUUAGAAAAUGCACCUUUGUUAGCAUUGGUCCAUAAAAUGAAUAAUUGUCUUAGUCAGAUGGAGCAAUUUCCAGUUAAAGUCCAUGACUUUCCAAGUGGAAAUGGAACGGGAAGCAGUUUUUCUCUUAACAGAGGAUCACAAGCUUUAAAAUUUUUCAACACACAUCAGUUGAAAUGCCAGCUGCAAAGACAUCCAGAUUGUGCUAAUGUAAAACAGUGGAAAGGAGGACCUGUGAAGAUAGAUCCUCUAGCGUUGGUACAAGCCAUUGAAAGAUAUCUUGUCGUUAGAGGUUAUGGAAGAGUGAGAGAAGAUGAUGAAGAUAGUGAUGAUGAUGGAUCAGAUGAGGAAAUAGAUGAAUCUCUGGCUGCUCAGUUCCUAAAUUCAGGGAAUGUGAGGCACCGGCUUCAAUUCUAUAUUGGGGAUCAUCUCCUGCCAUACAACAUGACAGUUUAUCAAGCAGUUAGACAAUUUAGUUUGCAAGCUGAAGAAGAGAGGGAGUCUACAGAUGAUGAAAGCAACCCAUUGGGAAGAGCUGGCAUUUGGACCAAAACUCAUACCAUUUGGUACAAGCCAGUACGAGAAGAUGAAGAUAGUAAUAAAGAUAGUGUUGGUGGUAAAAGAGGAAGAGCACAAACUGCUCCUACGAAAACAUCUCCCAGAAAUGCAAAAAAACAUGAUGAAUUGUGGCAUGAUGGUGUAUGUCCUUCUGUCUCAAAUCCUUUGGAAGUUUAUCUCAUAUCUUCUGCUCCUGAAAGUAUAACUUUUGAAGAUCCUUCAUUAGAUGUUGUUAUUCUUUUAAGAGUUUUACAUGCCAUGAGUCGCUAUUGGUAUUAUCUAUAUGAUAAUGCAAGCUGUAAAGAAAUUAUCCCAACAUCCGAAUUUAUCAACAGUAAGCUAACAGCAAAAGCUAACAGACAGCUUCAAGAUCCUUUGGUAAUAAUGACAGGAAACAUACCAACAUGGCUGACAGAACUUGGAAAAUCAUGUCCUUUUUUCUUUCCAUUUGACACUCGGCAAAUGCUGUUUUAUGUAACUGCAUUUGAUCGUGAUCGAGCCAUGCAAAGACUGCUGGACACUAAUCCAGAAAUCAAUCAAUCUGAUUCUCAGGAUAGCAGAGUAGCACCCCGGCUGGAUCGGAAAAAGCGGACAGUGAAUAGAGAGGAACUGUUAAAACAAGCAGAAUCAGUGAUGCAAGAUCUGGGCAGUUCAAGAGCUAUGUUGGAAAUCCAGUAUGAAAAUGAAGUUGGCACAGGUUUAGGCCCCACACUGGAGUUUUAUGCACUUGUAUCUCAGGAAUUACAACGAGCAGACUUGGGCCUAUGGAGAGGUGAAGAAGUUACUCUUGCCAAUCCUAAAGGAAGCCAAGAAGGGACCAAAUAUGUUCAUAAUAUUCAAGGUCUGUUUGCACUUCCAUUUGGCAGAACUGCUAAGCCUGCCCAUAUUGCUAAAGUUAAAAUGAAGUUCCGUUUUCUGGGGAAAUUAAUGGCAAAAGCAAUCAUGGAUUUUAGACUGGUUGACCUUCCACUUGGCCUUCCCUUUUACAAAUGGAUGCUGCGACAGGAAACAUCUCUAACAUCUCAUGACUUGUUCAAUAUUGACCCUGUAGUAGCCAAAUCUGUGUAUCAUCUUGAAGAAAUUGUGAGACAGAAGAGGAGACUUGAACAAGACAAAUCACAGACCAAAGAAAGUCUACAAUAUGCACUGGAGACCCUUACAAUGAAUGGCUGUUCAGUUGAAGAUCUAGGAUUGGAUUUCACAUUGCCAGGGUUUCCAAAUAUAGAACUGAAAAAAGGAGGGAAAGACAUACCUGUAACUGUUCAUAAUUUAGAAGAAUAUCUCAGACUAGUUAUAUUCUGGGCACUAAAUGAAGGUGUUUCUAGACAAUUUGACUCAUUCAGAGAUGGAUUUGAAUCUGUCUUUCCCCUUAGUCAUCUUCAGUACUUCUAUCCCGAGGAGCUGGAUCAGUUGCUGUGUGGUAGCAAAACAGACACUUGGGAUGCAAAGACACUAAUGGAAUGUUGCAGGCCAGAUCAUGGAUAUACACAUGACAGUCGUGCUGUGAAAUUCCUAUUUGAAAUUCUUAGUAGUUUUGAUAGUGAACAGCAGAGAUUAUUUCUUCAGUUUGUGACUGGUAGCCCGAGACUGCCAGUAGGAGGCUUUCGAAGUUUGAAUCCUCCCCUUACGAUUGUACGGAAGACAUUUGAAUCCACAGAAAAUCCAGAUGACUUCUUACCCUCAGUAAUGACCUGUGUAAACUAUCUCAAGUUGCCAGACUAUUCAAGUAUUGAGAUAAUGCGUGAAAAACUUUUGAUAGCUGCAAAAGAAGGGCAGCAGUCAUUCCACCUUUCCUGAUCACAAAGAAUAAUGCAAUGUCUGCCUGUUACAGCAAAAAGAGAAUCAUGAUUCUUUUCUAAAUGUAUCAUCUGAGUCGAGGAAACGUUACGCCUUGUUUAGAAAACGGCUUGCAGAUUAUAAACAAAGACACUAGGUUGAUAUUCAUUAAAGGCCCCUUGGACUUUAAAGUGAUCAGGCCCUAAAGUUGUUGUGACAAGGUUUCUUUAGCAAGUUCUUGUUUUAAAUUAUCAUUUAUCAAUGAGUGAAGUUUAACUUGCUUUGCUGUGUGAAAUUUAAAAGGGAUGUUUUUUCAGGCUGGAACAAUAAAUGUUGCUGUGCAGUUUAA